GUCCUUUACCAUGUAUUUCUGUUCUCUUCCAGAUAUCCAUUACUCUCUGAAGUCUGUUGCAGCUCACUGCUAUUCUCAUCCACCACUGUAAUCAUGACACUUACUGUCGAAAUCCCACAGACUAAAGAGGACUUCUACCGAAUGGGAGAAAUCCGGUCCCAGGCCUUUGGGAGUGAGCAAUUCUUUAUCGACAUACUUUUCCCUAAUCAUCAUACUGCUGCGGGGCGUCUCCUCCUCCGCGACCGUUUACUCAAAAUCAGGGAGAUGCCCAGUGCGCGAUUUGCAAUGGUUCGAGAUACUGAAACUGGAGAAAUAAUUUCUCAGGCCGAAUGGCAUUAUUAUCCUAAGGAUUCAGUAGGCGACAUAAUGGAUCUGAGCUUUGUUGAGGGGAGCGAGGAGGAAAAAGCAUUCGCGACCCAUAUUUUGGGGACGUUUCAAAGGAAAAGGAGGGAAGCGAUUGCAAACACCAAGGUGCCGUUGAUGCUGCUCGAUAGCCUUACAACAGAUCCCAAAUAUCAAAAGCGAGGAGCUGGAUCAAUGCUUGUAAAGUGGGGCUUGAACAUUGCUGAUUCUAUGAACGGAGAGGCGUAUCUUGAAGCUUCAGAAUACGGGAAACCAGUGUACGAGAAAUAUGGGUUCGUAGCUUUGGAAUCUUACAAAGUCCCAGUUCCGCCUCAUUGGGGGAGGAAGCCUGAUAUCGAAUACACUUUGAUGCGACGUCCUGUUGCCGACAAAUGAUCUAUUUUAAACUUUUACCACCAUACCUUGAUUUAAGACAAGAACUCAUGUGAUAAUAAACAUCUGCAACAUAACGCCUCGUUCUACCAGAGCGUCGGGUAGCAGCCGUGGAUCAGAAUUUAUGAUCUCACCCGUUUGUGUGUUCUUCCACUUUUGAAUAUGAUGAGGAUCAUCAUUCUCUAGACGUUCCCACUCAUCAGGGACCGAAUAUAGACGUGGAUCUUCAG